AGGCUGUCCGCCAGUCCGGCAGCUGCUGUCGGCGCCGAUCCGCGUGGCGCGCCGCGUGGCGCUCUGCUCUCGCGGCGCACGCACACCUUGUACACAAAGCACUCGCGCGCAACGAAGAGGAGCGCAUCGAUGGGCGCGUCGGCGGGCGGCGGUGCUGCUGCUGCAGUGGCAGGGGCGGAGGAGGAGGCCAUGAUGAGCGGCGGCGGUGAUGGUGGAGAAGAAGCUGCGUGGCGGCGCUUGGGCCACCUGCGCCAUGCGCGCCGUGUGCUUGGCUAGCGCGCGCGUCUUGGCCGCCCCUGCGCCCUUCGCGCCUUGCUUCUCUCCUCCACACCCGCCGCUGCAUCCGCCUCUCCUCAACAGGCGCCCGUCACCUGCGUCUAACGUCUGGCCCGUGGAGCACCCCAUGCGUGCAGUGUGCGUCGCUCGUACGCACGCACUGGCAGCACGCAGCAUGGCGUCGGCAUCGGGAGCACCGGCGGCGGACCAGCGCCGGGCAGCGCCCCUGCUGCCGCCGCGGCCCUCGGCAGGCGCGGCGGCAUUGUCGACAGCGGCGGCAGGCGCUGCGGACGUGUCGACUGCGCCAUCCGCGUCCACCGCCGGCGCCACCGCCACCGUCACCUCGGGCGGGCCGUCGUUUGCACGCACCGCACGCCCCGCCCUCUCGCGCCCGCUCUCGCUGCUCGGCACGCGCAGCGCCUCCUUUCUCGGCUCUGCGCCCGCGUCGCCCAGCAGCGAGGGCGUGCCGCCGCGCGAGGCGCGCGACUCGCGCUCCGGGCUGCACCUCCGCGCGCGCGCCGGCGCCGUGCGCACCGCCACGACGGCGGCGGCCUCCAGUGCGGCGUCGGCGGCGUCCAGCGCCGCCACCAGCGCACGCGGCGCCAUGCGGCGGCAGUCCACGCUCGUGCCUGCCGCGGGCGAGCAGACGCGCGCAGAGGCGCAGGAGAGCGGCCGCCGCGCUGGCCUGGCAUGGCGCCCCGACUCGCCGCCGCCGCCGCCGGGCCACGAGCGCGCCGUGCUGCUGCCGACGUACGCUCGCCUGCGGCGCGCGCCGCCCGAGGCGGGCAGGGAGCAGGAGCCGCACCUCUACAUGCCCGUCCGCGGCUUCGUCGAGCGCUGGCCGAGCCGCCGCUCGACGGCGCAGCGCGUGUGGGAGCGCAUGGGCCGGCAGGCGGUACCAGCUCCAGCUCGGCGUCCACAUACUCGCUGCCGCAUCUGCUCGCAUCAAACUCCUCCCUAGACGAUGCCAACUUCUUCCCCUCGGUGCCCGACGGCAUCGCCUCGUCGACGCACGGCGGACGGACCGAGCUGACGCUGCAGCAGCAGCAGGAGCAGCAGCAUGGGAAGCACGACGGCGAUGCACAGCACGGCGACCCCUCGCACGCCGGCCUGCCCGAGGUGCUGGCCGAGUCGAUGAUCGAGGGCAGCGGCGACGUGGCCCUCGAAAAGAUCCUCGGCGCCGUCGGCGUGCUGCCGACCGAGGGCCACGGCGCGGGCCUGCAGGCGCCCAACGCCGCCGACGCGGCACCGCUGCCGGGCGGCAUGGGCAGUCUGGGCGGCAGCGUGGCGUGGUACGGCCGGCCGCUGGCGGAGCUGCAUGCGCUGGC